AUGCCUCAUUUAAGACAUGUUAUACAGAUCAUCUGUGCCUGUAUUUGGUGUCUAUUGGCAUCCGGUAUUAUAUUUGGCUUCGCAGCUUUAAAACCAGUGUUAGUACAGGAGGGUGUAUACGCAGAUGUGUGCCCAACAGGCUACAACAGUAAUAUUGACGAACCAUGUCAACAACAAGAUAUGAAAUUGAAUUCGAUGUUCACUGUCAGUUCUGCAUUAACAAAUAUGAUGGCUUUGCCAGUGGGAUGGAUCCUAGAUAAGAAAGGGCCCCGUGUCUGUGGAUUAAUCGGGUCAUUUAUUUUAUUUGCAGGUUGUUUGAUGUUCAUAAAUGGUAACUCAUUAAAGUCAUAUGUCGAUUCGUACUUGAUAGGUUAUGUGGCGCUUGCCAUUGCGGGGCCAUUUGUAUUUAUUUCAUGUUUCCAAUUAGCAAACUGUUUCCCUAAAAGAUCUGGUUCUAUUUUAGCCCUAUUGACGGGAUCUUUUGAUAGUUCAUCUGCAUUAUUCUUGGUAUAUCGUUUAACAUACAAGAAAUCUCAAAAUACGUUCUCCCUAUCUAAAUUUUUCAAAUUAUAUAUGCUGGUUCCAUGCUUUAUCUUCAUUUGUCAAAUUAUGAUUAUGCCUCAUACUUCAUAUAAAACGCUUGGAACGGUAGCUAAACUGGGAGUUGAGGAAUUGGAUGAAAAUGGUAAUAUCAUUAGUGAUGAACCUGUGAUUAACAGUGGACAAGAAGGACGAGAAAAUGAUCACAAUUCUCGCAACGAGGAAGAACCACUUCUAACACGUCGCAAAUCUAAUCUUGAGAUUGCUGCUGAAUCAGGGCUUAAACAAAGUACAGGUGGUAUAUUUGGAAUUUUGCACGAAAAUACAGCAUUGGAACAAAUAUCAUCUCCUUGGUUCUACUUAAUGCUCUUAUAUGCAGGUAUCAUAAUGGUUAGAAUCAAUUAUUUCAUUGCCACUAUAAGAGCCCAAGAGGAGUAUUUAUUAGAUGAUAAGGAAAAGAGCAUAGCAUUAAAUCAUAUAUUCGACAUUUUAUUGCCAAUAGGAGGAGUGGGAGCAGUUCCAUUUAUCGGAAUGAUCCUAGAUAAUAUGAAAACUCUGAAUGUUAUUAAACUUUUAGGAUAUAUCAGUGUACUUGUUGGUGGUUUGGGUAUUAUAACACACUCAUUUACAUUUAAUUUAGUUGGGAUUAUUCUUUUUGCUCUAUAUAGGCCAUUUUACUAUACCGUUGUAUCUGACUACUGUUCAAAAGUAUUCGGAUUUACCACAUUCGGAACAGUUUAUGGUUUAUUAACUUGUCUAUGUGGUAUAUUUUCUAUAUCACAGAAUUUAUUAGACAAAUGGACUCAUGAACAUUUUAAUAUGGAUCCACGUCCAGUUAAUAUAUUUAUAGUAGGUAUGACUAUAAUUUUCGGAUUAGCAUUAGAGAAAUAUAUGCAAUACCAAUUAAAACGGAGAACUACAGAAGAGGCUUCGAGGGAAUCUGAGGAAUAG